AUGAAGUCGGUAUUCGGAAAGCAACUAAUACUGUCAACAUCCAGGCGUAGUUUCCAGACCACCGCCUUCUCACAAGUGGAGGCUGAUUUAUAUCUUCAUCCAGAACAAUGGAUGGGAUUGCCUGCCCCAAAGAUCUUUGAAUUAUACCAACAACGUGUCGUGAGAUUAGGAAGUGAUUACCAAAAAAGCGAAGCGGAAUUGAGCGCUUUGUUGCUGACCUCCAAGACAACUGGUGUUUCCACUUCAGACAUUCGUCGUAUUUAUAGCAUCAAAAAUGAACCAGGAUCUGAAGAUUUGAUUGCAGGGAGAUUGGGUGGAUUUACUCCUUUCAAAGAUGAUGGUAAUUUACCAACUUACCAAUAUGAUGAAUAUACCUCGAGUGCCCAAGAUUUGAUCGAUCAACACCGUACUUCAAGAAAAUACAAUAGAAUAGCAGCCUACGAAUUGCCGUUAUUGACCAAAUAUCGUUCAGAAUUUGUUCCACCAUCAAAGGACAAAACAUUGACCGUUAGAUACACAAACUAUAUUGGAGAAUCUCACCCUGCUGAUAAGAAGGUUGUGGUCAAGGCUAAUUUUGACGAUUUUACAACCGAUUUAAAACUUUCUGACAAAGAAAAGCAUAAAUUGAAGUUAAUUUUGGGAAAGAGAUACAAUCCAAUCAAGAAUCAAAUACACUUGUCGGUGGAAAAGUUCAAAUACCCAACCCAAAAUUUCAAAUACUCCCUCGUUUUGUUGGAAAACCUCUUGAAAGAAGUCAAGACCGAAAGAAAGGGUGAAGAAGAUUACAGUGACUUGCCAUUAGACACCAGAUUGUACGAAAGAAAGAUGAGAAUCAAGAAGAAAAUAGAAAAAAUCAAUGCUUUCCCUGAAGAUUGGUUGAGACCACAAGAUGCUCCAGUGAAAAAGAACUCCAUCGAGCAAACCAUUUUGGAACAAUUGGGACAAAAAGCCAAUGCUAACUAG